GCGCGCGCGGCGCCGGCACGUUCGUGGAGCGGCUCCUGGCGUCGCACCGCCGGCCCUUCGCGCCCGAGCCACGCCGCUUUGUCCGCCCGGCCCGGCCCGGCCCGGCUGUGCUGCGCCGCUCGGCCCGUUCUGGUCGCGGGCCGCAGCGGGAGGAGCGGUCAUGGAGGCCGUGAGCGCGCUGCUGGCCGGCUGCCCCGCGGGCGGCCUGGCCGGCGGCCUCGGAGUUACCGUGUGCGCCGCCGCCGGCGUGCUGCUCUACAGGAUCGCGCGCAGGAAAAAGCCGACACACACAACUGUCAACUGCUGGUUCUGUAAUCAGGACACCGUGGUGCCCUACGGGAACCGGAACUGCUGGGAUUGCCCCAACUGUGAACAGUACAAUGGCUUCCAGGAGAACGGUGACUACAACAAGCCGAUCCCUGCCCAGUACCUGGAGCACCUGAACCAUGUGGUGACCAAUGCCGCGCCCUUCUGCGACAGCCCCCAGCCCCAGCAGUGGGUGAGCAGCCAGGUCCUGCUGUGCAAGAAAUGUAACAACCACCAGACGACCAAGAUCAAGCAACUGGCGUCCUUCGCGCCCCCCGGGAGGAGCCUCUGUUCUCAACAGGGUAAAUAUGAUGAGGAAAUUGAAGUCUACAGACACCAUCUGGAGCAGAUGUACAAGCUGUGCCGGCCCUGCCAGGCAGCUGUGGAGUAUUACAUCAAACACCAGAACCGGCAGUUGCGGGCUCUGCUGCUCAGCCACCAGUUCAAGCGGCGGGAGACAGACAAGACCUACAUGCAGAGCUUCUGUUCUUCACCAGUGACUGCUCCAGCCCAGGUCAUCCUCCUCCGACUCCUCGCCUUCCUCACCUGCAGCUUCCUGCUUGUCACUGCCCUGUGCGGCUCUGCCCGUCCCUUCUCCCCAGCUGCCUCCCGGAGCCCUGCUCUGCUGGCAGGGGGGAACGUCUCUUCCUCGGGGACCUCGGCCUCGUCCAACGCCACCGUUGAUCCAGGGCCCCUGGGUUGGCAUCAGCUGCUCCGCCUGCUUCCCGAGCGUGUGCUGGAGAAGCUUUGUGAGGCCUGGGACUUGGGCCAGAGCCACCAGAUGGUGGUGGUGGCGUCGGGCCUGCUCACCUGCCUUCUGGCCAUGCUGCUGGCUGGCCGCAUCAGGCUCCGGAGGAUCGAUGCCUUUUCCUCCUUCCUGUGGUUUCUGGUCCUGGGGCUGCACCUGGUAGAACGCUACUUAGAGAGGGACCCCCCCAGCUGGCUCGACACGCUCAAGUUCAGCGCCACAUCCCUGUGCUGCCUGGUGGGCCUCACUGCAGCUGUGGCUACACGGAAAGCAACGGGCCAGCGGAGAUACCGGCCCCGAAGGUAUCUCUCAGGAGACUCCAGUUCCUUCUUCCCCGGCAACAAUGGACUGGCCUUCCCAUACCCUCCAGUGUCGCCGACUCUGUUCGUCCCAGCCCCACCCACCUUCUUCCAUCUGACCAACCAGCAGGUGUUCAGGUCUCCACGACGGACAUCCUCUUCCUCCCUUCCAGGACGACUCAACAGGGCCCUCUCUCUGGGGACCAUCCCCACCCUGACCCGAGCAGAUUCAGGAUAUCUUUUCAGUGGGAGCCGCCCACCAUCUCAGGGAUCUCACUCCAAGGAGGCGCCUCUAUCAGAUUACUUCAGUCUGCUGUCUGGGAGCUGUGCGUCAUCCCCUCUUCCUUCCCCGGCUCCCUCCGUGUCAGAGUCUGUGGGCUCCAGCUCCGGUUCCCUUCGCCUCCGACGGCCUCUCAUCAGCCCGGCCCGCCUCAACCUGAAGGGGCAGAAGCUUCUGCUGUUCCCGUCCCCGGGGGAGACCCCCCACAUCCCCAGCAGCUCUGAUGAGCCCAGCCCUGCAGAUGGUGGUCUGCUCAGCCCAGAGUCCUCCCGAUUCCCUAGCAAGAGGCAGCCUGCACAGGGCCUCCAGCCCAUGCGUGACUUGCGGUGCCACAUCGAGAGCGGUAGCAUCUGCAGCGACCACUCCGUCAAAAAAGAGGAUGGCUCAUCACACUCAUCGGCCUGUGUGGUUGACACCACUACCAAAGGGUGCCUGGAGGAGGCCGUGGCCUGGAAAGCUCGUUUCGGCAGCUCCGUGGUGCGAGGCCUCCUGGCCGUGAGCCUGGCGGCCAAUGCUCUCUUCACGUCCGCCUACCUGUACCAGAGCCUGCGCUGAGCCCGCGGCCCAGCCAGAGGGGCGCGGGGGUCUGCGGCCCCCAGACUCUGUGAUGCAUGUUGCUGUGGAUCCUGCCGCCCCCUCCUCUCCCUUCUCCCCCGUGGGCCUUGCUUGCUUCUACAACUGAAUGCUUAUUGCUCCCCCCGCCACCAGAGAUAGCGCUGGUGGUGAGGACCUCAACAGGGUUGUGACCUGCUCUCCAGGGAGCCACCUCCGAGACUGCCCCCUCCCCUGCUGACGUCUCUGGCUCUUUUCCCUUGAACCCCGGUGGCUUCUGUGAGGUGUGUUCGGGAUUGGAAGCUGCUGCCGAGGAGAGAGCCCAAGCCGUCUCAAAGGAGAGGAACUGGCUAGCUCUUAGGUCUCCUUCCUCCCCUUCUCUUUUGGCCUGUUUUUUGGACAGGGUGGCUGUUCUGCCCAGGUGCUCAGACGCUCAGGUGCCACAUGGUCUUCUGGGGCUGCCUGAAGACUCUCCCUGGUCUCCUUCCUUGGGCUGCUUGGCCUCAUGGUGGUGUCCAGAGCCUGGGCCCCUCGGAUACCCCAUCCACCACCUGGCCAGAGGGGCCGGCGCCACUGGGAUGCUGGUCUGUAGCAGGGAGUGAGUGGAGGCCUGCCCUGACCCGGUGGGGACUCGGAUCACCACCCGUGACCUUGUUGUGCUGUCCUGUCUUUCAGGGAUGGCUUUCCUAAGGCCAGGCUUUCUCACUUGGAGCUUGGUUUGGGAGUGAGGAAGCAGACGAGACCUUCCUGAGGUCUUGAAAGCACUUGGGGGUCGCGUGUGUGUGUGUGUGUGUGUGUGUGUGUGUCUGUGUCUGUGUCUGUGUCUCUGUGUGUCUCUGUGUGUGUGUGUGUGUGUGUUGCCUUCUGGAACCACAAAAGUUCAUGAAUUUUAGGCCCUGCAAGCACUCGGUGGGUGGGUGGGUGUCUGUGUGUGUGUGUUUCCUUCUGGUAACAGAAAAGUUCGUGAAUUUUAGGCCCCUUGGAUGGGAAGCUUGUCAUCUUAAGAACAAACAUCCUCUGCCAUCAACCUGUAGCAAGCAGGCCCUGUUUCCUCUGUCUCCUGCUGGGGCAGUGAGAUCUGCUUUAUGCCAAGGAAACUCUUUCCUCUUUCCACCGGGAUGUGGAGCUUCUGCUCCCACUCCCUCUCCCUCAUCCCUCAGGGGAUAGCCCGAGCAGCCAAACAGCGCCCAUCAACAUUGUGCAUUUUGUCACAGCUCACACCCUGGCUCCCCUCACCCCAUCCCCAACAAGAGUCCUGUUCAGCAGUCACACUGCCUCCCUCUGCCCUCUCCUGCACAGGUCCGUCUGCUCAGGGUCCCUGACCCAGCUCUCUUCAUGUGGCCUCUUCUUUUUUGUUUGUUUUUUCUUUGCCUAUGGAGAGAGGGGCGUUUGGGGAUGCGAGCUAAGAUCCAGCAUCCUCCCUUGAGCACUGAUUUUUCCCAGGCCAGCUCCUCUCUUUCUCUCCACCCGCUGUCGGUGGGGGGCUUCACUGUGAAACCUCUCCCCCAGUGACCUACCCUGUUCAAAGUCGAUGGAUGGUGCUACCUCCAGCCUUCCGUGCUCACCUCGGAGCCACCAUCUGUGUUCGUCCAGGCUCUCGUUUCAGCCUCCCUCCCCCUCUCCUCUGCCGUACCUGCCUCUGUUUUCACCUCCCAUUUCCAUGUUUUCUUCUGGUGACUAGUGGCAUGGUGGUUUUCUCCAUCUGUACUUUUCUGACCUUCCCUUGCCGCAUCCCCUCAUGAGUUUGAGAGUGAUUCCAGGAGGGGCAAAGUGGCCUUUUGACACCUGGUGCUUGAACUCUCUGCUUGACGGACGAGAUGUGGCUCGCGUCCAUAUCCGUGCUUGUGUCUGUGAUCUGAGCCAAACUGUCGGUCUCGUCAUCAUUGGCUUGAGUUGAGAUUAGGAUGGAUCGUGUGUGUGUGUGUGUGUAUGUGUGUGUGUGUGUGUGUGUGUCCCAUAACUAUGGCAUUUAUGCUCGUGGGAUGGACGUCACUGUCUCAUGGGGUUGUGCUGGUUAGAAGGAAGCCCCUGGGCGUGAAUGAAUACUUGGUGGGGGUAGAGGGGUCAGGGAGAGAAUACUGGGUCUUCGGAGGGCUAUCAUAGCUUUACACAUAGUUGUAUUCAAGGAGUUUGCUUUAUUUUUCUAAAAAAAAAAUCCAACCCUUUUUUUAAACCAAUCAGGUGUUUGGGGAAGAAUGAACCGUCUUAGAAUCUUUUGUCCUAGGAGACUUUAGAUUUCUUACUCUAGAAAGUUUUUUGUUACUAUUUUUUACCAAGUGUUUGAGGAAGGGUCAGUGACUGUGGGAGUCAUCUGAGGCCUAAGUGAAUUUGUCCUUUUCCCAUCAUCUGUCCCUCCCUAAUUUGGGAUCUUGGAACCUGCUUCCUGCCCUCCAGGGGUUUUGGGGCCUCCGGAUCUCUUGGGGAGAUGGAAUUCUAAAGAAUGAGGAUUAGUUUCCAAGGCACAUCUGCUUUUCUGCAACCUUAACUUGGGGGCUGAGAAGGCAGCCUCUGAGUUAGGAAGACCUGGGUUGAAGUCCUGCUGCUGACAUAGACUGGCGGUAUGACCCUGAGCAAGUCACUUGACCCCCAGCAACUCUCUAAGACUAAGUUCCAGAGGAAUUGAUGUUUGAGGCUGGGGUUGUCAUUGAUCUGGACCUAAACCCACUCUUUCCGAAGGAAGCAGCUGGUGGACUAGUGGUUGAUGUCACCUAGUCCUAACUAAUUAGAACUUAAAGGAUAGGUGGGGGUUUUUUUUCUUCCUAUUUUAAUAAAUUAGCCCAAACAGUGAGGUUUUUGUUUGCUUGUCUGUUUUAAACACAAACACUACCACUUUUCCCAUUGGCUUCCUUCCCAAAGAAAUAGUGAGUGGGGAAACUUCAGAUAGUGCCGAAGUCUCCCAGCUGGGCUAGAACAGCCACAUCCCCCCACCCCUCAAGACUCAGGCCCUGCCUUGAGGGGAGACCCCACCCCAGCUUAUCUGGCCUCUGCAGGGGCUCCUUGCUGGGGAAGCCAGGUAGAUCUCCACCCUCCCCCCAACUUUCUUUACUCGUGGUCAUUAGUGGGUAUCUGACUGUGUCCUGGGGUGGGGGGUGGGACAUGGCGGAUGGGACGCGCAUCUCCCAGCUUUGAGUUUUGUUCUGUGUUUCAAGCAAAAAGAGACAAACCUUAUUUUUCUUUAUAAAAAAAAUAGGAAAUUAAAAAAAUAAGAUGUCUGUGGUA